AUGACGGCCCUCGGAGCAAAAAGCCAUAUCCCGCCACGGCUCACCCUGCUCCAAAGACUCCAACUACUCACAAGACGUCUCAUCUCCUUCCCCCGUCUCAUCUUCGGCAUCACCUGGGACCUCCUCUUCAACCGAGACUCCGCCUCAUUCAGAACGAUCUGGAUGAGAAACAACGCCCGCGUAGCCGCAACGGUCCCACUCUCUCAAGCACGCGCACUCCAGCGCCCGUCAGGAUGCACAGUCGCCUCGCUCUGUAAAGCCCUCAACCUCCGCCAUGAGACCGUCGAACUAGACGCAGGCAGCACCUUCCACCGCGCAACCCUGCACUUCAUCGACUGUGACCCAACCGCGCCCGGCGCCACCGGGAACGUUCUGCUCUAUUUCCACGGCGGGGGGUACAUCUUCCCCCUGUCAGCGGGACACUUCAAGUUCGCGCGCGCAGCUGCGCAGAGACUCAAUGCGAAAUGCGUCCUGCUUGAGUAUACGCUCGCACCGGAACUCAAGUAUCCCGGCCAACUGGCGCAGGCGGCCGCGGCGCUGCGGUACCUGUUGCAGUACCAUGAUGCCACGGAUGUCACGAUAGCGGGCGACUCGGCGGGCGGGAAUCUCGCUCUGGCGGUUCUGGCGCAUCUGCGGGAACCGCAUCCGCUGGUUCGGCCUGUUUUUGAGGGCGAGGAGCAGCAGCAGCAGCAGCAGCAGCAGCUCCGUGCGGCGCUCUGCAUCAGUCCUCGCUGUGCGAAUGAGGCCACCGCCGCGAGCUAUACGUACAACGCUUCUAAGGAUAUUGUCAGUAAGGCGACGAUGGAGCUGUUCAAUUCGAACUGGGAACCGGUGAAGGAGGAGGUUUGGGCGACUCCGCUGGCUGGGACGAAGGACUUUUGGCGAUCUAUUCAUGCGAAGAAGGUUCUGAUCCUCGCGGGCACCGACGAGGUUUAUGUGGAUGAUAUCCGGCAGUUUGGUGAGAUGCUCGGUUCGUCGAGCCAGGCUGGCACUGAGCUCGUUCUGUGCGCCGGAGAGGUCCACGUACAGGCUAUUUGUGACAUAGCCGCGGAUAACUGGGAUGGUGUCAUGCUAAAGGUUGCUCUCAACUGGCUACAGAAUCUGAGGGAAACUAAAUGGCCUGGAGAUACUGUUGCCACCAAGGUGGAAGGGGUGAGAGUAACGUCACCGACAUCGGUGAAUGUCACUACAUAG